UCUUUAGUCUUUAGUUUCUCUCUCUCUCUCUGUGUGUUGCAAAAGCAGAAAAAAAGCUUACUUCUCUCUCUCUGCUUACUUUGAAAAGCCAUUUCAAUGCUGCAACAUUCACAAGCCUAAAACGAAGUGCAAAAGCUGUCUUUAUCUCGUACCCUCCUCACGUUCCAUUUUCUCUUGCACCCACUAUAAAAACCCUCUUUUCAAAACCCUAAACAAGUCUCUCACUAGUCUUUCUCUUAAAGCCCUUCUCUCUCUCUCUCUCUCUCUCUCUCUCACACACACACCAUGGAAGCCCUCUACUUCCUCAAGUUCUGGAGACCCACCACCCACAAUAAAGACCACCGACCCUCUAAUGGAAACAGUGAUACCACCGAGAUUAAAACAACCGUGGUCGACGCAGAUGAUGAUUUCAGCGAAGAGGAAGACUCCUUCUUUGAAUUGGAGCUUACUGUGCCUGAUUUUGACAACAAUAAACGCAAAAACAAAAACGGCAUCCCACUAGACAAAGAUAGCAACACAUUUGACUCCAAGGAAGAUACUCUCCACAACUCGGCCACCAAAGCCAGCAAUAUCGAGCACAGAUUUCCACCACCAACUGUUUCUCUAUCUCCUACUGAUCUCCUCUCUAAAAGAAAGAUCCUCCCUAUUGAACCCAUCUCGAAACCUCAGUCUCCCAUCUCCCUCCUCAAAUCAGCUCCAAGAUUUCGAGUCCUUAUGUUCAAGAAAUCAAAGUCAAUGGCAGAGCACGAAACAGGGAAAACGGGGGAAGCAGAGUUGAAGGGCGUUUUUGUCGAUACCCCAAAGAACAAAAAGCCAAAAAGCAAGCUUUUCACGGUUAAAUUCAAGCUCAAAGAAGCUGCAAAUGUUCCUAUAUUCACAAGGGAUAACAGUUUGAGAAAGCAGAUCUCAGAUGAUUCGUCGAAGAAAUUCCCUAAGGAAGUGAUACAAAAGUACUUGAAGCUAAUCAAGCCCCUGUACAUCAAAGUUUCCAAAAGGCAAAGCGAGAAGCCGAAAUUCACAGCGGACUUAUCAGUGCCAUCGCCGUCAUUUUCUCCGGCAACGCUGCCUUCUGGUUCGCCAAAGAAGGAGAAACCGGGGAGUAUUCCAGCAGGGAUUCGAGUGGUCUGUAAGCAUCUGGGAAAAAGCAAAUCUGCUUCGGCGGCGACCAUAGUUCGGCCGUCAACGGCUACUAGGAGAGAUGAUUCGCUGCUUCUGCAGCAUGACGGUAUCCAAAGCGCCAUCCUGCAUUGCAAGAAAUCUUUCAACUCUUCUAGUUCUAUAGAUUCUUCUCUCUUCUCCCGAUUUGCAAGUGAUCCUUUGCAUGAGAAAUCUAUGGCUUCACCAAGAAUUUCCCAUGAAGAGAAAGGAAUUAAUUAGCAUUUUCAAGCUCUAUUUCUUAGUCCCAGAAGAGAAAAAAAAGCGGGAAAUAUGUUGUUUUAUGAAAUUGAAAUCAAUACAAAUAAAAGAAAUUGAAUAGGGGCUCUGUUUUUAUUUUGUUGUAAAGAAAAGAGAACAUGGUUUAUUAAAAAAAAAAUUCAAAGGAGCUAGGCAGGUAGGUUAGUUUUUGAUCCUUAGCCGGACGUGAUGUGGUAAGGACAAAUGGGUACCCUUGUUGUUGUCUGUAAAGCUAAGGGGUCAUUAUGAGAAACUUGGAAGGAAGUCUGAUAUUGAAUUUUUUUUUUUUUUCGUUUUUGUAUCAAUACCAUUCUCUGGUGUGGUCUUGUAUUCUGCAGUUAGGCAUCAUGUAUCCUUGGAAAUACGGCAUAGUUGUUCUUAUCAAAGAUGUGAUCAUUUCUUCAUUUGAAAGUUGAAAUGAAAGUUACUUCACUACUAGUUUGCUUCA